CCAGUUGCCGUGUAUGGACUUCUAUCCCCAUAUCAUAAAUUGCUUUUAAAAGACCUUUUGUAUCAUUUUUGUAAGUAUUUGUUUUUUCUUUGAUUCACCAAAAUUCGAACUUUGUUAAGGAAUCAAGUUUUUGCAAACCCAUCUGUCAAGAUUGAUAAUUUCAGGAAAUUUCUGAGUUUUGAUUCAUUGAGGGAGAUGAAGUGUUUCCAAUUCGGUAAUAGAGACAAGAGAGAUGAACCCAUCUCUCCAAGGACCCCAAAGUCAGCAGUUUCGAUGCGGUCCUCAUGUUCUGCUUUUACUGAUAAUGGAGCUGAAUUGAAUUCACAAAAUGUAUCAGCCAUCAGCACUGAGUCUGCCAGAAGGCCCUCGUUUCCCACUUCUCAGAAACCCAGUAAUCUUCAAGUGUUCACCAUCGCCGAUCUGAAGUCAUCCACCAAGAAUUUUAGUCGCUCUGCUAUGGUUGGAGAAGGUGGGUUUGGCUGUGUUUAUAAGGGGUUGAUCAAGAAUUCGGAGGAUCCAUCUCAAAGAGUUGAAGUUGCAGUGAAACAGCUUGGUAGAAGAGGGACGCAGGGACACAAAGAAUGGGUGACAGAGGUGAAUGUUCUUGGGGUUGUUGAGCACCCAAACCUUGUAAAAUUGGUGGGGUACUGUGCUGAGGACGAUGAGAGGGGAACCCAGCGGCUUCUAGUAUAUGAAUUUAUGCCUAAUGGAAGUGUGGAUCAACAUUUAUCCCCUCGAUCACGGACGACUCUUCCAUGGACCAUGAGAUUGAAAAUUGCCCAAGAUGCUGCUCGGGGUUUAAAGUACCUACAUGAAGAAAUGGAUUUUCAGAUCAUUGUCAGAGAUUUCAAGUCUUCAAAUAUCCUUCUUGAUGAGGAUUGGAAUGCAAAGCUAUCAGAUUUUGGUUUGGCAAGAUUAGGUCCUUCAGAAGGAUUGACCCAUGUUUCAACAGCAAUUGUAGGUACAUUGGGAUAUGCAGCUCCCGAAUAUGUCCAAACUGGUCGUCUGGCUGCCAGGAGUGAUGUAUGGAGCUAUGGUGUCUUUCUUUAUGAACUAAUCACAGGAAGGAGCCCCGUAGACCGGAACCGUCCCAAGGGUGAGCAGAAACUACUGGAAUGGGUAAAGCCAUACUUGUCAGACCCCAAAAGAUUUCGACAAAUAUUGGACCCCAGGCUUGAAGGUAAAUACUCUCUUAGGUCAGUCCACAAACUAGCAACCAUAGCCAAUCGAUGCUUGGCCCGAAACCCCAAGGCACGUCCAAAGAUGAGCGAGGUAUUGGAGCUGGUGACUAAAAUUAUAGAGGGAUCGACAGAAACCGGAAGUCCUCAACUACCCUUAAGGAAUUCCGAAUCUAUGGAAGCUUCUCGGGACAUUAAAAUGAAAAAUAAGAGAACCAUUAUGGAAACAAAAAUUUGGGAAAGUAAUUGGUUGAGUUGGAAGUGGAGAACGAAACUGGUAAGGACUUGCUGAAUGCAAGAGCUCUGAUGUGCUAAUUGCGGUUGAACUUUUGAAGAACUAACAAGAAGAGAAAAGAGAAAUUGUAAACUUGGAUUCCACAGACUUUAUAUAUAUCAUGUAUAGAGCGCUGUUAUUUCUGGUGAUCUCAUGCAUUAUUAAUUUUUUGAUAUUUGAUAAGGAUUAUUUUAUGGUGA